CCCAGGCAACCUUCCAUGAGAUCAUCCUAAGCUCCCAGCAGCAGCCGUGGAAACGCACCCGGGAAACAUGCAGUCUGCCGAGGCCAAGCUGGGCAGGAGCAGCCUGAUGGCGGCUCUGUGGCGGUACAUCGCGGCAGUGCGCGACAUGGAGCAGACCGUCCUGCUGCCCUCCUUGCUGCGCGAGGUUGCCGUGGACGACGACGACGACGACUGCGUCGACGAGGGCCAGGAGGGCAGCGGAGGCAAGGACAUGUACGAGUCCUACCUCAUGCUGAAGGCCCUCAGGAACACGGCCGAGUCCAGCUUCGCGUCCCACGAUGAGCCGAAAGGCCUCGGUCCCCACCACCAGGCCCUGAGCCACACCCUGGAGCCCCUCCUGCAGUCCGACCCCGAGGUCCUCUUCCGCUUCCACCUGCAAGGCAUCUUCGCCGUCAUGAACAGCCUCGCCAGCAAGUCGCAGAGCGUCACCUCCAAGUACCUGGAGAUCGUCGGCGUCGCCAACUAGGAGGGCCAGAUGGAGGAGAGCGCCCGGUCCACCAUACAGGCAGGGCACGGUGACUCAGGGACCAAGCUUGUGACCGGGAGGUUGCAGGUUUGGUUAUGGAUCGAACUCUACCAUUGUACCCUCAAGGAGUAAUAGUAAAACUGAUCUUGCUUCAGUAUACAUCCAGCUAUGUAAAUCGAGUGUAUGUAUAAAUAUAAACCAUUGUAAGGUGCUCUGGAUAACAUCUGUUAUUUACCUAAAUAGGAAAAAAAAGCAAAACCGCAAAAAAAACAACAAAAAACUGUCUUUGACAGUCAUACACUGUUGCUGAAUUUAGUGUGUACGGACUUGGGUACAGCAUGCGUUCAUUAAAAAAACCUGCUGUAUGUUGGAUUAAAGGUACUUAGUGGAAA